UUUAAGGAAAAUCAAUCAAAUUCAAAAUUGAAUUGUUUAUUUGUAGUGUGUAAAUAAUAUAAAUUUUUACCACCCAAUUAUGGAUUGAUAAUUAUAAUUUAAAAAUUAUGCCACUAGUUUGUUUGUUAAAACGCUACUAUUAAAGAACAGGAAAGUGUAAAUUGAUUAAAGAAUUUACGUCACAAUGUUAAUAUUAUUGACUAAAACUGAAAUAAUGGAAACAAUGGCUAUUAUAAACCACUUAAAUUUUAAUUAUUAUUUUGUUAUUGGAGGAUUUUUUAUUAGUUACCUCGUUUACCGCAUGUUUAAUUCCUUUUUGGGGGAUAAUAAUUUCAUACAAAUAAAAUAUAAGUUACGAGGACAUACAUGGAGAAGUAUCGAUUGUAAUAAAUCAAUACCAUAUAAUAUUUAUUGUACAGUAUGUGGGAAACUAAUGUUAUCCCUUGUGGGCCUUUUCUGUGAAUGCUGCGGCAUAAGUGCAUGUAAAAAAUGUCAUCGUAUAAUUGAUAAAAAGCAAAGAUGUAAACAGAUGUGGUGGCCGGCAGAGAAACCAUUCUAUCAUCUUUGGGUUAAUGUUGGUUCUGUUACUAGAGAGAAUCCUGACCACAUAGAAGAGGGGGAUAAUUUAAAAAAAUUCUUCUGUUCCUGGUGCCAAAGAGUAAGGCUCAGUCAGGAAAAUGAAUUAUCAAAUACCGAGAGAUGUGACUUCCAAAAAUAUAAAGAUAUCAUUAUUCCACCGAUGAAUGUAAAUAUGGAUAGAGGAAAAAUUAUUAAAAUAGAACCUGUACCUGAUGAUGAUUGGGAACCAUUCAUAAUUUUUGCAAAUAGGAAAUCAGGAAGUAAUAGAAGUGACGAGGUUCUGUCACUCUUUAGAGGUCUUUUGAAUCCAUUGCAGAUUAUAGAUAUUGGUUCAAUGCCACCUGAGAAAGCAGUGAAGUGGCUUCCAGAGCGAUGUCGUAUCAUCGUUGCUGGAGGGGAUGGUACAGUGGCGUGGGUUUUAAAUACUUUACACACAGUACCACAUAUUAAAGCGUCAGUUGGUAUUCUACCUACUGGCACUGGUAACGAUCUGUCUCGAGCCCUCGGCUGGGGAGGCGGCUGUUCUGACUUAGACGCAUCCGCUAUUAUUAUAUCUAUGAAGCAAGCAGAAGUACAAAUACUUGACAGAUGGAAAGUUUCUAUUGGUCCGUUGUCCCGUGGGCUGCGAUCACGUGGUCGUGUGUUGUUCGCUCACAACUACGUGAGCGUGGGUGUGGACGCGCAGGUCGCGCUGGACUUCCAUCGUGCUCGUGCUCACAUCCUCAAAAGAUGCGCAAGCAGAUACAUAAACUAUUUAGCGUACGCGCUGCUUGGUGUUGGUCGCGCUCUUGACGAUGGUGGCUGCGGAGGGCUGGAGCGUCGGUUGCGUGUGAGGAUAGCUCGUGAACACGGAGAGGGUCAAGAGGCUCGUGGCGGCCAUGGAAACUUAAACACGCUUGACUUGCCGCCAUUACAGGCGCUAGUGUUACUCAAUAUACCCUCUUGGGGCGCCGGCGUAGAUCUAUGGAGUUUAGGAAACGAAGAAGACGUCGGUGAACAGUUCAUGGAUGAUAGGAAAUUAGAAGUGGUUGGUAUAUCUUCGUCGUUCCACAUCGCGAGGCUUCAGUGUGGUUUGGCAGAGCCCUACCGCUUUGCGCAGACAAGCUAUGUAGAGAUGAGUCUGGAGGGAUGUGUGGCGAUGCAGGUCGACGGGGAGCCGUGGAUGCAGGGCCCCGCAACAAUCCGCCUUGAGCCAGCCGGCCAGUCUUGCAUGUUACGUAACAAUGUUUAGACGACGUUACCUGUAUCCUAGGUACUAAAAUAGACGGGGGCUACAAUUAAAUGUCAACAAAACCUACUUACUUAGGGUUCAUAAUUAAAAAUCUAACAUAAAAAUUUUUGUGAAACAAAAAUAAGUAUACACAUAAAGUAAACGCUUUUAUAUUCCAAUGUCACUUGAAAUAUUAAUUAGAAGAAAACUGCAUUUAAUACAUAACAACAUAGUAUUUAUUUUAUUAUGUUAUUCACUAUAUCUCAGUCAUUGUUUAAAACACUCCUUACUAAGAAGCAGCCAUUUCCCAUAAGUACACCAUAACUAAAGAUAACAUGAUUGUUCACCUCGUACAAAGUAUGAAUGUUAUAUAGUUUCAUAAUCAUAAAGUAAAUGCUUUAUGGACUGCAUUAUGAAAAUAUGCUUAAAAAUCAAAAUAUAUUGAACUAUCUUUAUUCAAGCGUUUAAUUCAUCCGUGAUUAAUAUUUUUAAUUAACACAACAGAUUGUUAUUGAUAAUAGCUCUUCUCAUUACCAAUGACUUGUCUUCGGUAUACACUAUGUUGAAAGUAUUGCGUUCAAACUUUCCACUGUUCUGUUAUUGAAGUGUUUAAAAUGUUCUUGGGUAUAUAAAUCAUAAGAAAAAAUAACUGAACGACCCAAGUUACAGUAUCUGUUUUAUAUAUUAUAUUAAAUUUAUAUAUGUAUAUAUUGGCUUAAUAUCCACAUACAUCAAGAUACAGAAAAAUGUAAAGCUAAAGAUUUCAAUCAAUUAAUUAAUAUAUAAUAAUCAAAUUUCCUGCAAUUGUGAUAUUUAAGAUACUUCUAAUAAAAAUCUCUAUCAGCCAACGUCUUGAAAACUUAACUCGUUUUUAUCUUAGUGUAUUAGUUUUGUAGAGUUAAAUCUUUGUCGGUGUUGCUAUUUCUGUGUAAUAUAAUACAUUUCUUUUUUCCUAUUUAAGGUAAAUAAAGUGUAAAAUCGAUGUGAUUGUCCAAAGUUAUUAAUUAUAGUUACAAUAAAGAGACAAGAUAUACCUAGUAAAGUUAUUCAAAGAUCA